AUGUUUAGGUUACUCCUUCAGAGUCUGGGUAUAGGAACGGGAAAAAAACCCGCGAACCUUGAGGUGGUCUUCGAAGGGCCGGGCUUGGUCCGUGUAAGGAUUGGGUUGCCUCGACCAUGGCGCAUCCGUGCUGGGCAGCGGAUCCAGCUUAGCGUUCCUGGUAUCGGACUCUUUUAUCUCUUUCAGCUGCACCCGUUCGCAAUCAGCUGGUGGCAAAACGACGAUGCUGGUAAGGCAACUUUUAUAUAUCUUUUAAUCGGGAAACGAUCCGGGUUUACACAGAAACUCGCCGACGGAGCUAAAUCCAAUGGAAAGUACAAAGCGUGGAUUGACGGCCCGUAUGGGGUCCCUAGUGUCGGGCCCGGGAUGGACUCAGAGAAUAUGGGGGACUACGGUCGUAUCCUCAUGGUUGCCACUGGCAUUGGGAUCGCUGCACAGCUCCCCUAUAUCAAAGAAUUACUUGAGGGUUAUCGCAACAAGUCUAUUCGAACACAAGAGAUCUCCAUCAUCUGGCAGUUGGACGAGGAGGGUGACUGGGAAGGAGCUCAUGAUUGGCUGCAAGAACUGGUGGAAGGGGACGGAGGAUUUCUACUAAAUGUCAUCGUGUACGAUACACUAGAGCCUAUAUCAUCAGAGAAGCCCAGCCGGUUUGGCGAACAUGAUCUAAUCAAGGUCUACAGUGGCUUUCCGAGUUGGGAAGAGCAGUUGCUGUCAGCGAAGCCUGGAGAGAACGGAAGAACUUUAGUGGCUGUCUCUGCUAAGUUUUCAGUUCGGCGAAAGAUUAGGGAGCUGGUUCGAGCAAAUAUAAGGCAGAAUGUGGAGUUGUUUGAGCAGGAGUUUCAACCCUGGACUAGGAGCAGAUUGUGGUCGUACCUGACACCCUAA